AUGUGUCCGCUGCCGACGGCGAAAGGUCCGCUGCGAUGGCGCCGUACCCGCAUGCUCGAAUUGCGCGAAAGCCGUCGAUUAUACUAUCUGGAACGGCGGGUUCGAGAGCUGGAAAGACUGGAGGCAUCGCCCUUGCGCGACAAUCCUGAUAAUGCUGAGAGUACCGACAAUAGCCUAAGCGCUCGUGAUCAAAAUGCGUUAUUUGAUGCGCACAAUGCAAGUCCAACACCGGCCCCUGUUGUCGCCGACCAUCAUGGCAUUCACAUGGGUCAAGACAACCGCAGCCCUGCUGUGCCGUCACCAGCCGUUUCGGGCUCGACCCAGAUUACUCGCAACCAGCCCCUGGCCCAUGAAGUUGGCCUUCUGUCGCUCGCCAACAAUACGGAACCUAAAUAUCUAGGCCCAUCGUCUGGUAUUUCUUUUGCUCGGCUUAUUUAUGAAAGCGCACCGCAAUCACAAGGCCUCCCACUGUCGCUACUUGAAGGCCAAGGCACGCAUAAAGAGCCUCGCGUGCUUCCUCCUACAGUGACGGGACGAGCGCUGAGCUCAGAUGCAUCUAGCAUUCCGCCCAUCCCCCUACCCUCUCCGGCAGAAUGCCAGCAAUACGCCGAGGCUUACUUUGAGGGCACAUAUCUCUAUCCUUUCAUGUCACAGCAAGGGCUCUAUCAGCUCCUAAGCCAGAUUCGGAAGUAUAAUGAAUCUUCUACAUGGAACCAUGCGCUUCCGAUCAGAUUAGCUGCGGCGCAAGUGGGACUUGUUCUUUCCUUGGGUGCACGGUUCCUUGAAGUACGCCUAGGGUCCAAUUUUGAUUCCAGUGACCUUUUCGUCUCUGCCAUGACUCACAGUUCCCAGAUCUGCCUUCAGGAUAGCGUGGAGGGUGUGCAAGUUCUGUUACUGAUGGUUCUUCACAGCUUCUAUAGUCCAGAGGGUCUGAAUGCUUGGUAUCUGCUCCACACUAUCAUUGCAAGCUGUCUGGACCUUGGACUUCAACGGCGGCAUGAAUAUGUGGCAGAGUCGAAUUCGCCGACAUACCGUCAGGCAGCACAAAGACGUAGCGCCAUCUUCUGGUCAGCCUACUCAAUGGAUCGAACACUAACCACUAUCCUCGGUCGUCCACUGACUCUCAGAGAUGAGGCCAUUGAUCAGCCAUUCCCAGGCCUGGAUGCAAGUGAUGAAGUUGAAGAAGCAGCAACCCGGUGGGAUAGUGCAAGAAUUACGCACCAUCCGUACGAGCAGAUACCGUCGACAUAUCUAGCAUUUAUUUACUCCUUACGAUUUGACCGAAUCACUGCCGAGAUCAAGCUCAUGAUAUACCGCGUUUCUCGCUCACCACGCCGCUUUCCCUGGCCAUCAAACAUAUCCGCCUGGCAACGGGAGACGGAUCAAGCCUGCAAGAAUCUCCUAACUGAAGUCUACACUCAGCAGCGUGGGAUUUCCGUGUGCGGUCCUAGCUCACUAUCUGGAACUAUCGUGCAACGAUUGGAGAUCAAAUUCCACCAGUGCAUCAUGCUUCUCUACCGACCCAGUCCUCAACUGCCAUAUCCGACAUUCGCAGCCAUAGAGGCUUGUUUUGGUAGCGCAAUGAAGAUAAUCCAGAUCAACACGGAGCUUCACCGCUUCAGGAACAUGGAGUUGUCGUGGCUCUCUGCCCACACUAUCUUUGUCGCUGCCAUUACAGUUCUGUACUGCCUCUGGGCCUACCCAGCGGUGAGAGAUCUGACGCCAGCGACCGUUCCAUUAUCCCGUGUAGACUCCGCCUUGGAGCUCCUUACCUUCCUUAAACGGCGGUGGUCAGUAGCGGAGGAGCCAUGCGAAAAGCUCUCACGACUGAUUGCCCUAACCAACGAAACUAUGCGCGAGACCGCUGAGAACCAAAGGGGAUCUGCGACUGCGGAUGACAUUACAACGCAUCCAACCGCCGGAACACAGCUUGGAAAUGGGGAUAGCAUGGUGCCACAAGAGGACGGUAGAUCGCUGCUGAUAGAUGAAUUGGGCAUCCUGCGAGAUUUGUUUGACCUCGGCUGGCUCAGUGAUUGGGGCUCGGAUCCUACCCAGCCACCAGUUUGGGAUACUUCCGAGCUUAUGAUGGGCUUUGAUAGUUAG